ACCCCCUUUAGCUAUCACACUGGUUGCGGCUCAAAUCUAGUGAACAAGACAGCGUUUGGCCAUCAUAGAAGAAUCCAGAGAAUCCGGACGCUGACUAGAUAGGCGGCUCUUGAGGUUUUGAAAAACAGCCAGUAAAAGCACCGCUGUUAGAGCAGCAUUCAUCUGACUCGCAGAGCUCCGGGUGAACCAUCUGACAUCGCAGGGUUAUUCGCUCUGAAAGACAGCAAUCAGCCAUUUUAGCUUUGCACGUAUAUCCAUGCCAAAAGAACAAAGCUUCCAUGAGGCACAAAGGAAACAGACCGAGAGUUUUAGACAAUAAUAAAAAACCGGCCCUUUUAUUUACGCGAGUUGCCUGUUUUCGAGCUGAAUUCUAGCACGUGCCACAUGUGACGAUUGUAGGAAUGUCGAGCAUGGGAUCACAUCAGCCCUUCUCUUACAGCUUGGAAUCAUCUUGGGAGAUGACAGAUGGAUUCAUAGGGAGGAUCGAAGCCUGCCAGCCAGUGUUGUAAACUCACCAUGGACCAGUGCUUCAGUUUCAGCACACUGAAGAAGUUAGCUGCUGAGCCAGAUCACACUGACGUCACUCUGCCAGCGGUGGAACGCGUGCGGGCCCUCAGCAAAAUGGGCUAUAACAUUGAAAUAAAUGAAGACAUCGCCCCAAGACGCUACUUCCGCUCUGGUGUUGAGAUGGAACGUAUGGCAGCAGUUUAUCUAGAGGAGGGCAGUCUGGAGAAUGCCUUUGUCCUCUACAACAAGUUCAUCACAUUAUUUGUUGAGAAACUCCCCAGUCACAGGGACUAUCAGCAGUGCAACGUCCCUGAGAAGCAAGUAAUAAUGAAGAAAUUGCAGGAAGUGGCCUUUCCACGAAAGGACCAACUGAAGAGACUUCUCCAUGAGAAAUACAGCAAAGAACACAGUGAAUAUCUGAAGAGUCAGCCUCAAGCCAUGGCUGUUGACAUGUGUAGUGAACGGCUGCAGAAGAUGUCUCUGUUGGAGGAGGAACGGCAACGUGUAGCACAGCUCAGGAAGAUGCAAAUCGAGUCUGAGCAGUUCCGCUACUUCGAGGACCAACUGCAGAGACAAGAGUUGGCCAGUCGCAGGGAUGAGGCUGUCCCCAAAGUGCCUGAACAAACUGAUGGGUCCUGCUUAUCCCAGACCCCGAGAAACCAUGUGCGCCUUGACCCCAAUCGUAACAAACCAGCGCCCCCCGUCCCCAAACCGGCAGCCACCUUAGCAGCUAUACAAAAUCAGCGUGUUGAAGGCCUGAGGCGGGUUUUAAUCCCACGAGACCUGACUUACAGGUUCCUUCUGCUGGCUGACGGUAACACGGCGAGAGGAAUUGAGACGUGUGGAGUUCUCUGUGGAAAACUGACGCACAAUGAGUUUGUGCUGACUCAUGUGAUCGUCCCUAAGCAGUCCGCCGGUCCUGACUACUGUGACAUGGAGAAUGUGGAAGAGCUGUUCAGUUACCAAGACCAUCAUAAUCUUCUGACCCUGGGCUGGAUCCAUACACACCCGACACAGACAGCCUUCCUCUCCAGUGUGGAUCUGCACACACACAGCUCUUAUCAGCUCAUGCUACCGGAGGCCAUCGCCAUUGUUUGCGCACCGAAACACAAUGACACAGGAGUGUUCCGCCUCACCAGUGCUGGAAUGGGAGAAGUGGCUGGAUGCAGAUUGAAAGGUUUUCACCCCCACUCUAAAGACCCUCCUCUGUUCACUAUUUGCAAGCACAUUGUGGUGAAGGACUCGAAAACGACAGUUCUGGACCUCAGGUGACAGAGGAAGAGAGGAAAUAUUUCAGUAUCAGCAAACCAUUGAGCAUAUUUAAUAUCUUUCUUUACUUGAAGGCUUUUUUUGUAUUUAUUUAUUUUACACAAAAGUAGAAUCCCUCAGCUGCACAUUUCGCUGUGAGCAGGUUUAGUGAAGUCAUUGAGGUGUUCCAAUGGUGUUUUGUGUUUUUAGAUCAUCUUGCGCUUUUUGUUCAUGGCCAGGUGUUUAACAAAAAUGUUGUGGUCAGAUUGUACAUUCUCAUCAUCUGACUGCUGUUUUGGUUCUUUGUCCUCAAGGUGGCGUCCUUUAUCAAGGCAUAAUGUGAGGCUGCUACAAUGUGAAUUGAUUUCAGGACUUUUUUAAAAAGAAGUUGUGUGUGUCUGUGUGUGUGUGUGUGUGUGUGUGUGUGUGUGUGUGUGUGUGUGUGUGUGUGUGUGUGUGUGUGUGUGUGUGUGUGUGUGUGUGAGAGAGAUUUGCCUUUUGAUAUCCAGUGAUAUCACUUGCAGUUCUCACUUUAACACAAUAUACACUGAAGAAGUGAAAUUUCUUUUAAACCUAACUGAAUUUUCUAGUUUUGUGUUUGCUGCCAGUACAAAAAUAAAACGGAUUGCUACAAGAGUCAUUUCUAGGCCUUACUAUGUUAUCAUUUUUGUAGUUGAAUAGUUGAUAAUUAUACUUAGUAUAUACAGUCAGUUCAGAGAAUAGUUACGGAUAAAGGAUUUCUGUCUUUUUCAACUCCAGCCUAAUGACGUGAUAUGAAGUUGGCCAGUGAGCUCUGUUUUGAUUUCCAAGUUCAGCAUUUUUUCCAAUAUGGAUCUGAUUACAUGGGAAGUGACGGUUGAAAAGUAUAAACAAGAUUGGGAUCUCUUAGACCAAAUCACCCAUAAAAGAAUAAGAAGAGAAACCUAAGAGACAUUACCAGAAGGUGUUGAAUGCACUAUUCUCAGGGUUCCAUUCCCUCAUUUUAACAACUUGAUUUUUGUCUCCACUAUUUUUAUGGUUUGAGAAGAAAACUUUUUGUCACCAGCGGAAGAUGAAAUUCAUUGUAUGAUAAGUUGUGAACUCCAUGCAGUGCAGAGAGUGUUCACUAUAUCCUGUAUUUCUUGUAUAAUGUGGCAUUGGAUUGUUUCUUCAGUCUAUUGCUGUGUGCCAGUGGCGUCACUGAGAUGUGCUGUGCUGUUGUGGCUCUUUGUGCACAAGAGAGUACAAGGAGGCUUAUGUGUCUGUACAAACACCAUUUUACCCUCAGCGCAUUUGUUAAUAAAAGCAAAAAACCUCUGUUAUGAAACAG